AUGAGUUUCUCCAAUAACAAGCAGCGGAACAGCAGCGCAAAUGGCAAGUCCAAUAAGCAUGGCUCAUCGCCAAAUAACUCAGAUGCCACAGUUCACAAUACGUUCAAUUUUGGCAGUUCCACCGCGUCUCCCUUGUCAGCCGCGUUGAGAAAUGAUCAGCUGUUUAGCUCGCAGUCUCAAAACGAGUCUGUUGCUGAUUCACAACAACAACAACAUCAACAACAGCAUCAGCAUUCUAGAAGUACACACAAGGAGCAAGCCAACCGAUUAAGAAACUAUUCAAUUGGAGAAGCGUUCAACUACAACAGUAGCAACCAAAACAACAACAACUACAACAACAACAAUUACAACGGCGGGAACAAUUUUGAUUUCAGUGGUGGCCGGAGCUAUGUCAGUAUGAGCCAUAGGGCAAGCUUCAACCCAUACUUGAGCUCGCCCCAGAUCAACACUGGUGUCGAGGUCCAUGAGCAAACGGCCAACUUGGCAAACAUUGGGGUCGUCGACGGUGAUGACUCGUCUUCGGGAGACGACCAGACUCAUUUGGAAUCGGCCAACUACGACAACGAGGGCUGCCAGGACGAACCUCCAGCUUUCUCGGAACAUUCGCAAACGAAACCAAAGCCCAUUCUCACCACACUGUCGUCUCAUGCGUAUUCGACCAGCAACAGCGCAACUCCACUACUUGCCGACUCUUGCUCAAGAAAAUUGUACUCUAUAGAGUCUCAGGGCCACGAGGAAGAUGGAAGCGAAGCUCAACAAACCCCGAAAUUCAAGAAAAAAACAUUUGCUCCCGCAGGAGAAGAAGAUGUAGAAGAUGGGGACAGUUUCAAUGGCGCACCCAAAUCUUCAUAUGAUGCAUACGAAAAAGAGCCCCAGCCAAGUACUCUUCAUCAACUACUCCUAAAACCAUUCCAGUUUCUUCCUGGGGUGUUUUUAGGGACACUUUUGAACAUCUUGGAUGGUUUAUCGUAUGGUAUGAUUAUGUUCCCCAUUAGUGACCCCAUUUUCGCGGCAUUGGCACCAGCUGGGCUAGCCAUGUUUUACGUUUCUUGCAUUGUUUCACAAUUGAUUUAUUCACUCGGUGGAUCUGCUUUUAAAGCAGGCAUUGGAUCGGAAAUGAUUGAAGUUACUCCAUUUUUCCACAAUAUGGCAUUUGCCAUCGCCAAGACCAUGGGCAAUGACGGAAUGGGCGACGACGCCAUCAUCGCCACCACAAUUGCAUCUUAUGCCGUAUCCUCAAUUGUCACUGGCCUUGUAUUCUUUCUCCUUGGUAAGCUCAAGUUAGGCGUCUUGGUGGGGUUUUUUCCCAGGCAUAUUUUGGUUGGGUGCAUCGGUGGAGUGGGCUAUUUCCUUGUGGCAACAGGUGUUGAAGUUUCCUCGAGAUUGGAAGGUGGGCUUUCCUACAACUACGAAACUUUUAAGUAUUUGUUCUUUAACCACCUCACUUUUCUUGAGUGGACCAUCCCACUUGCAUUGGCAGCAUUUUUGAUCAUCUUGCAGCACAGAAUCCACAACUCUCUUUUGGUGCCGCUAUACUUUAUUGUUGUUUUCAUCUUGUUCCACAUCGUGGUGGCUUUAGUCCCGAAUUGGACUUUGCAAACGGCAAGAGACUUGGGAUGGAUUUUCCCUGCUGUUGAAGACGACCAACCAUGGUACCUGUUUUACGAACUUUACAAGUUUGGUUUGAUUGACUGGUGGGUCUUGCUUCGACAAGUACCAACAAUGUUGGCAUUGACCUUUUUCGGAAUCUUGCAUGUUCCAAUCAAUGUCCCAGCUUUGGCUGUGAGCAUAGGCAUGGAUGAAAUCGACGUCGAUCGAGAACUCGUUGCCCAUGGCUACUCCAACGCGGUUGCAGGUUUAGUUGGAUCGAUCCAAAACUAUCUUGUUUACACCAACUCGGUGUUGUUCAUUCGCGCAGGAGCUAAUGAGAGAUUGGCUGGUGUGAUGUUGGCGAUUGCAACUACCGCCGUGAUGAUGGCUGGUCCCGUUGUCAUUGGCUAUAUCCCCGUUUGCGUCGUUGGAGCAUUGAUCUAUCUCUUGGGCUACGAGUUGCUCAAGGAGUCUGUUUGGGACACGUGGGGAAGAUUGAGACCCAUUGAGUACACCACGAUUAUCAUCAUUGUUGUUACCAUGGGCGCAGUUGACUUUGUCGCGGGUAUUGGCAUUGGUAUCCUUUUAGCUUGCUUGUCGUUUGUCGUUGAGGCCGGUAGAACGCCAGUUGUGCAGGGCAUCUACUCGGGAAACGUGGCGAGGUCGACUGUGUUGAGGCACCCUAAACAGCAGGAGUUUUUAAAGAAUGUCGGUGAGCAAAUCUGCAUUGUGAAAUUGCAAGGCACGAUAUUCUUUGGCUCCAUUGGCGGUGUUGAAAAAGAGAUUAGGCUCAUUUUUAAAGACGACAAGUUGAAAAAAGUGCCCUUGAGAUAUUUGAUCAUCGAUAUGAAAGGGGUAAUUUCAAUCGACUUUUCAGCGGCAGAAGGUUUCAGAAGAAUUUUGAAUUUGACAAAUGAGUAUCGAACUCAGUUGAUAAUCUCAUCGGUCAAAGAUGAAGACGACAUUGUUAAAGGGUUGCGAGAUGCUGGUCUUUUUGAAAAUAACGACCCACCAAUUGAGCUUUUCAGCUCGCUCAAUUACGCGUUGGAAUGGUGUGAAAACUCCUUUCUCAAGACCUACAAGACCUUGAAGAAGAAACAUACAAGCAUCCCUGGCCAUUCUGCUUCUCGAAGCGUACCCGAGGCAAGCAACACCUCGGGAAGUCGCAACAACUCCUUCCAGUCGCCAUCAUCGUUUGGAGCAAAACUCUUUGGCCAUUUCGGUUCGAAUGAGUUUGGUACCCCCAGAACCAAGCAAGUGCUUCAAGCAGCAAGCAAGACUGUUUAUGAUGAGCACAAGACAGAGAGUAAAUACCAUGUUGCCCAGAAUGACAAAUUUGCUAAGCAGCCAUUGCCAUUGCUAAUGAUUACAUUCCAGGGUCUCAGUGAUAAGGAUACGGAAUUCUGGUCUCCGCUUGCUUCUUACUUCAUCAAGGAACAAAUCCCCGAAAAUAUACAAUUCUACAAUACUUUGAAUGACGAGCCCAGCUUCUUUGUUGUUGAGUCAGGCUUGGUCCGUGCAGUGGUGAGAUUUGAAACCGAAGGGCGCGAGCUUCAUUCUAGCAUAGUGCCACUCGUGGCAUUUGGUGAUUUGGACGACGCUUCCAAAUACAGGCAAUUCACUUACACCACCGUGAAUGACUCCGUCGUUUGGAAAUUGACGAGAAGCAGAAUGAAGGAAAUGUUGAAAAAGAAUGGUUCAAAAGGCGAGGCUAUAUACCAUGAGCUACUUGAAAUUGAAGCAAAAUUAAUCAGGGAGAGGUUCGAUACCAUGACUGCCAAUUUGAUAAUCUCAGGGUGA